GUGACGGCGAUGUGCCUUUGCUUUCCAUGAUGGGGAUGUGUCGUCGGCUUCUGCUCCCCAUCAAUAGGCUCGCGUUGCGGUGUGUGGCGCGAGGUAGUGGAUUCCGCUGUGGCAGCCAUGCGACCAAAAAGAUCACGUCGUGUUGCCUGCCUGCUACUCGAUUCCUUGGGUUCGUAGAGAAUUUGGCAUAAAAAGGUUUUGCAUUUUUCUCGCUGCCCAAUUAAUCCCAGGUUCGUGGCUCCGGUUUCUUGGCGUGCGCGGCGCGGCUGCGUUUCUGCUUCGACUUCUUUGGCGGAUUGGUAUGAUUGGAUUCUGAGGUCAGGCUGGGUGAGCCGGUCAUGGAGCAGAGGCCGCCGCCGAGCGAGGAUGAUGGGUUGCUGGGAUGCGGGAUGAGCGGAACGGGCGAUAUCGCCGCCGGCGACCUGGAUCUCAUGGAGGAGUUCCUGCUGGCGACGCCGGGGCUCGAUUUGUCGGAGUUCUGGCAUCCCGGCGCGUCCCCGGGAGCGAGCCCCUUCUCCCCGCUGUUCGACCUCGGCAGCAGCGUCACCGCCUUGACUCCUCCCCCCGCGCCGGUCGGCGAUGACGACAGGGACGAGGAGGCGGAGGUGCCCAGCCGUGGCGGCCUCGAGGUGAGCCCGACGCACCGCGGCUGGGUGCUCCAGGCGCCGCAGGAGGCGGCUGCGGAGCCGACGGUGAAGGAGCGGCUGCGGCGCGCGCUGGAGCGCAUCGCGUCGCAGUCACAGGCGCAGCGUGGAGACGGCGGGGAGCUGCUCGUGCAGGUCUGGGUGCCGACGCGGAUCGGCGACCGGCAGGUGCUGACGACGUGCGGGCAGCCGUUCUGGCUAGACCGCCGCAACCAUCGCCUCGCUAGCUACCGGUCGGUGUCGAUGAAGUACCAGUUCUCCGCCGACGAGAGCUCGCGCGCCGACCUGGGGCUCCCCGGCCGGGUCUUCGUCGGCCGCGUCCCCGAGUGGACGCCGGACGUCCGCUACUUCUCCAACGAGGAGUACCCACGGGUCCAGCACGCCCAGUACUUCGACAUCCGCGGGAGCAUCGCGCUGCCGGUGUUCGAGCCGCGGAGCCGGGCCUGCCUUGGCGUCGUCGAGCUCGUCAUGACCACGCAGAAGAUCAACUACAGUACAGAGAUCGAGAACAUCUGCAGUGCUCUCAAGGAAGUUGAUCUAAGGAGUUCGGAUGUUUCAAGUGACCCUCGUUCCAAGGUGGUUGAUACUUCCUACCGAGCAAUUGUACCUGAGAUCAUGGAUGUUCUCAGAGCUGUUUGUGAUACCCACAACCUGCCAUUGGCCCAGACAUGGAUACCGUGCAUAUGCCAGGCCAAGAGGGGAACCCGCCACUCUGAUGAAAGAUUUAAGUAUUGCGUGUCCACUGUGGAUGAGGCUUGUUAUGUCCGCGAUUGCUCUGUAUUAGGCUUUCACCAAGCUUGCGCCGAGCAUCAUCUGUUCAGAGGUGAGGGUAUUGUUGGCAAGGCAUUUGGGACGAAUGAGCCGUGUUUCUCCCCAGACAUUACUGCCUACAGCAAGACCCAGUACCCUCUUUCACAUCAUGCUAAACUUUUCAGCUUGAGGGCAGCAGUGGCCAUCCGGCUGCGAAGUGUCAGGACUGGAAACCUGGACUUUGUCUUGGAGUUUUUCUUGCCAUUGAAGUGCAUAAAGACUGAAGAGCAAAGGGCUAUGCUCAAUUCUUUGUCUAAUACCAUACAACAAGUAUGCUAUACAUUAAGAGUUGUGACUCCAAAAGAACUGGUAAAUGAUGAACCAUUUGAAGUUAGCCAACCAACCAGACCAGAAUUUUAUGCCAAGUCUGUGCAUGAAAACUUGGAUGAGCUUUGUAGUGGUAUUAAUGUUCCUGGAAGGACGACAACAUUGGAAGCUUCUGAAGAGGUAUCCUCAUGGAUAGCCGGCCUAGCGGAUGCUCAGAAAGGAGCAAAGGGAGAAAUAGAUGUUCCAUUUGAAUUCAGCAAACACGAUGAUGAAGGGUUUAGUGUUACAGCUGGCUGGCAUACUUCAUUGGUUAUAGCACCUGAGGGCAGCAUCUUUUCAGGGUUUAAGCAUCACGAAGAUUACGAUGUCAAGGAAAACACUUGUUCCAGUGACCCAAGCCAUUCGAACUCAGAUAAAGCAGUAGAGAAAAGGCGCACUAAGACGGAGAAAACAGUUAGCCUGCAAGAUCUUCGGAAGCAUUUUGCUGGUAGCCUGAAAGAAGCUGCAAAGAAUUUAGGAGUGUGCCCGACUACGCUGAAGAGAAUAUGCAGGCAACAUGGAAUCAAUCGCUGGCCAUCACGAAAGAUCAAGAAAGUUGGGCACUCCCUGAAGAAAUUGCAAAUGGUCAUUGAUUCAGUACAUGGUCCGGAAGGAACAGUUCAGCUCAGUUCACUCUAUGAGAAUUUUACCAAGACCACAUGGUCAGAAAGAGAGCUACAAGGAAAUGCCAUUUUUCCAGCAUCUGAGCAAAACUUUCAGUUGGAACCUUCAAUUCCUGAUCGGCCAUGUGAGGGCAGAUUCACUUCUCACACUUCUGGCUCUAAUUCCCUCUCCCCAUCCUGCAGUCACAGCUCAAAUUCUAGCCUUGGUUGUUCCAGUGGCCCAAAGCCUCAGCAACAGCACGGCAGUGCUCCUCAACUUGCAGUCAAACAGGAAAUUUCUAUGGAGGAGAUUCAUGGCUCCACACCAAUCAAAUCAGCUAGCCAUGCAGAGGCCGAGCUGCAAAUGUUUGUUGAAGAAAGACCCGCCACGCUGUUUAGGUCUCAGAGUCAAGUACUUGUAAGUGAACACAAACAGACAGAAAACAUGUCGAACAUGCAAAAAGCAAGGUCUGAUUCUCUCAAAAUAAAAGCCAUCUAUGGUGAGGAAAGAUGUAUAUUCCGUCUUCAGCCUAGUUGGAGCUUUCAAAGGCUAAAAGAAGAGAUUGUAAAGCGGUUUGGCAUUGCUCAGGACACUCAUGUGGACCUCAAGUACUUGGAUGAUGAAUCGGAGUGGGUUCUUUUAACUUGUGAUGCAGACCUACUGGAGUGUAUUGAUGUAUACAAGUCAUCAAGUAAUCAAACAGUUAGAAUUUUGGUUAAUCCUAGCAUUCAACCGGUGCUUGGUGCUUCCUUCGGUCAAACAGGUCUAUCUUGACGUUUGCCUCAGGCCUCAGCUGUAAGUCAAGAUGAUAUACAGUGGCUUCAGAUUUAGAUAGAUUCCUGGGGUGAGGUGCAAACUAAUAGACAGGUGCCUGCUAAUUGCUGCAAUUGGACCGUGUUGUGUUCUAGAAUUGGAAAUGAAGUAAUCGUUGAUGUUCCCUCUCAGCGCUUGGUAUUGAUUUGCAUGUGCUCAAGUGCAUGCAGUCCAGUCCACGACAAUAGAAGAUGGAGCUGUAUGCCUUUUGUUCAGUUUCACAACCUUAGGAACUUUGUGUAGGCAGACCAAACUAGUGUACAUAAUUGUAGGUCAGAGGAUAGAAAUAGUUUGAAUUUGUCGAAACUAAUCUUUGGGAUAGGUUUAGCACUCAUGAUCAAGUUACAGAACAAAAGUUAGUGGUUCUUUUGGGGUUUCAUCUGACUCUAGUUCUCAAGUAUCUACUUCAAGGUUUGAGCAUUUCAAAGCUUACCUCAGGCUCAGGUUACCCGUUACCGUGUGUCUGUUCAACCUUCAGGGGCAGCAUUUUUUUGCAAUUCUGAAGUAUUCUCUCACCAGUAAACGAAGGUUCACGAGAAAGCUCCCUGAGUACUAGCAAGGCAACAAGAUAAUCUCCAAUGUCGAGAUGCACUUCUGUUGGUUUUAUACCAGUGUUAAGCAUGAAUCUUAGUUGUAUGUUGAAGUCGGACAUUUUGCUGUGGCUCGAUCGUGUAAGUUUGCUCUACGAGUGAUGAUGUUUUUUUGUAUAUCCAUCAUGUACAGUUCAGUACAAAAUGCAGGAAUUGUGCUACUUGGCGACAUUGUAGCAAAUCA